ACAAUUGGUGCUGCCAAACACUACACUGCUACCUCAUUCGCACCCGCCAACAACAACAAAGCGUAACAUAUCGAACAAGAAAACAGCGAAAUAGAGCCAGCUACCAAAUAUUUAUAUUAGAAUUUUCACUUUCCGGCGGAGAAGUACGCGCUUUUAUUGCUUUUACUCACACACGCAGACAACCACACACACGGUGAUUGCGCAAUUCCAGGGAUCGAGAGAGUGGAGUGGAGUGGUGUGUGGCGGUGUGGUGUGUGUGUGUGUGUGAGUGUGUGUGCCUAAACAACAAACAACAAACGGUCGAAACAACGGGAAUCGACUGGAACUAGUGGAGCUUUUGAUGGGCAACUCGCAACCGCGGAAUGCGAGCAGAAGCAGAAGGACAUCGCAGUGGCCCCAAGGAGCAGCACCAGCAACGCAACUAGCCGCCACCGCCGAUCAUCAGGAGGAGGCGGAACAGCAGCAUCAGCAGCAGCAGCAGCAACCCAUUCCCCCCAAUCCAAGCCAAUCCCCGCCAGAGGAGCAGCAAUCGCAGCCGGAGCAGCAGGCACUACAAACGCAGCAGCAGCUGUCCACCUGGAGUCUUGGCAGCCUGAGCGGAGGACGACUCAACUGGAGCUUCUCCGGGGCUCGCAACUCGUUUCGUCACCGUAACAAGGCCACGCGAAAAAGCCUGACCUCACUUCAUGGGUCUCGCAGAAGCAAGACGCAGUGGCACCGGCCUCUGACCAACUCAAUCUUCAACUCACACUUCAAGGAGUCCAGCCGGAACGAUCUGUACCACAUCGAGCAUCUGGUGGCCAAGGGUGCCUUCGGCGUGGUCUUUAAGGUCUGCAAUAAGAGCGACAACAGUCAGUGCUACGCCCUGAAAGUGCUAAAGAAAUCAAAGCUCAUCGAGGACAACAGCGUGCGGCAGAUAAAAGACGAGGCGGACAUACAGAAGGUCUGCGGUCAUCAUCCGUUUAUCGUGAAGCAAAUUGAUCUGUGGCAGAAUCGCCACAACCUCCACAUACUAUCGGAGUACGUGCCCAACGGCGAGUUGUUCUCAAAAAUAACCCACUUCUCCAUUGAUCUGGUGCGAUUGUACAUUGGCGAAAUAGCACUUGCUCUGGAUUUCCUGCACAACGCCGGCAUUAUUUAUCGCGAUGCCAAGCCGGAAAACAUCCUGCUAACGCAACAGUUUCACAUUAAGCUGACCGACUUCGGCCUUAGCAAGUGGCUCAAACUGGGGGCCAACACGCGCACCAUGUGUGGCACUUUCAAAUACAUGGCCCCGGAGAUUCUGUGCGGCGAACCUUAUGGCCAUGCAGUGGACUGGUGGGCCUUGGGCGUUAUUGCCUGCCAGAUGCUGACGCAGAAGUCCCCAAACAUUAAACGGCAUCUUUUGCGACGCCGGGAAAGCUUGGAACCGGAGGACGGCUUGUCCAAUGCCCCCUCCAUUGCCCAAAUCAAUGGUUGUCUGCAGGACAGUGACAGUGACAGCGAGGACUUUCUGCCGGACGAGGUGAAGGACCUUCCGCACGAGGGCAAGGAUGUCCUUCGCAAGCUCCUAACCAUUGAGCCGCGUCAGCGAAUCCGCAGUGUGAUGGCGCUCCAAAGGAUUGCCCUCUACAAGGGCUACAAUCUAAACCCCAAGCAGCUUCUAAGCCUUUCGCCCCAAGACAUUAUAGCCAGAGACGGAAUUCGGGUCUACGAGGACAGGCAGUUCGAUCAGCCAACCAGGCAGUGUGCCAUCGAUGCAUUCCUGGACUUCUAGCAAUCGCGUCAGAAGAGCCAACCAAACAAAAUCACAAGGACUUCAAGUUCAGCCAUAUUUAACAUGAACAGUUUCCCCCUUAUUUUGGUAUUACCUAAACUGUAUCUUUCCAUUAACAUUUUUAGAAAUAUUCCAAUGAACAAUUAGCUUAAAAACGUUAUACUCUCGGCUCGAUUAGCAAAUGCCUUAAAUUUUACAUUUUACGCCACGCUCUUAAACAAAAAAUUGUUUAAUAAUUGUUAAAAUAAUUGAUGCUCUUUUCCAUGGUAACGUUAAAAACGCAAUAUAUUCAGAAGCUUAUGGUGAUAGAAAUCAGAUAUUUUAAAAAAAUGGGGUAAAUGCAAUCUUUAAGCAAAUAUAUUUUUUAGAGCGUGUAGUGUGAUUUUGUCUUUUAUAUAUUCGAGCUUGAGAAGUUAUGUUUUUAAAAAUUAAAACUUUAAUCUAAAAGGCCAAAAUUAAAUGU